CCGCCUGGAGAAGCGACCCCCCGCCCGGUCUCUGCUGAUCAUUGGCGGAAAAACAUUUCAAAAUGUCCGCCAAAAUCCAGAGAGGGCCGCCCUCUGCUUCUCUGCUGGAAACCUCUUCUCUGAUUGGUUUGUGUGUCAAGAACCCUCCGCGGACUUAAAAAGGAGGGUUUCGGUUGUAUUGCCACUUUCAUUUCUCUAAACGCAUCUAACGAUGAGUGGCAGAGGGAAAACCGGAGGAAAAGCCAGAGCUAAGGCAAAGACCCGCUCCUCUCGUGCUGGGCUCCAGUUCCCAGUCGGUCGUGUUCACAGGCUGCUGCGUAAAGGGAACUACGCGCAGCGGGUCGGUGCCGGCGCCCCCGUCUACCUGGCGGCGGUGCUGGAGUACCUGACCGCUGAGAUCCUGGAGUUGGCUGGAAACGCUGCUCGCGACAACAAGAAGACUCGUAUCAUCCCCCGUCACCUGCAGCUGGCUGUCCGCAACGACGAGGAGCUCAACAAACUGCUGGGCGGAGUGACCAUCGCUCAGGGCGGCGUGCUGCCCAACAUCCAGGCGGUCCUGCUGCCCAAGAAGACCGAGAAGGCCGCCAAGUCCAAGUAAACAUGGAGACUCUCUGUCUGCUGGAACCAGCACCAAAAAGGCUCUUUUAAGAGCCAAACACUCAUCUGAUAAAGAUCUCGGUUUCUUCUCUCCC